AUUAUGUAUUUAUUUUUUUAACAUUGAAAAAAUAAAAAAAAUUUUAAAUGUACAACAAUUCCUUUUUUUAUAACAAUAUUAAAAUAGAUGUUUCUAAUCACGUUAGUUUGUAGUAAUUUAAAAUGUUAAAAUCAAAUAGCUGAGUCAUAUAUAGAAAAAGAUAUGUCUAAAUCAGCUGAUAUACACGCCCCCUCUCCAACCUAUAUUACAUUUACCGUCAUCGAUUUGUUAUUAUUUUCAUGUGCAAAAAUCGUAGCUGGUAUUUAUGAGUACAAUUGUAUUUACAAGUGUGAAUUCAAGUACAACUAGGUGGUCCCAGAUUUAUUAAAAUGAAUAAUCAUACAUAAACUGCAUAUUCUUGCAUUUGUACGUACUAUUGAAAUAAGGAGAUGAUUAUAUAUUUAGGUUAAGUUGAUUCAAGUUUUUCAAUGUGAUAGAAGAAUUGAUACAUCUCAAAAUAAAACAUGUGCCCAGCAUUAUUGGAAAAUGAGGAAAGAUGUUUUGGGGGAAUGACAUUUUUUGCUCAAAGUCAUCCAGCUGAACUUUGUGGAAGCAAUGGUCUACCACUAACUCCAAAUUCAAUAACAAUAUUAGGCAAGUCACAAUUUUUGAAAACUAUUCAACACCCAAAUUUAUCCACAUAUUUGGAUAUUAUCAGAAGCAAACAUGAACGAACUGUUGUUGUAGCUGAAUAUAGAGGCGAAUCUCUUGCCUCAAAGGAAAAUUUAUCUGUCGAUGAUGUUAUUAAAAUAGCUUAUCAGUGCUUAGUUGGGCUGAAUUAUAUGAAUGAACUUGGAUUAGUGCAUAGUCAUCUAAGUCCAGAAAAUAUUUUAGUUAACAAAAAUGGAGAUAUUCAACUUUAUAACUUUGGGUUAUAUUACAUGACAGAUCAUGGAAAAAAUGUUUCCUUCCCAAUUGGCUAUCCCAAAUAUACUGCACCUGAAGUAUUUCUUAGUAGUGGAAUACGAAGCAAUAAAGUGGAUUCAUGGUCGUUGGGUAUGAUUAUCGCAGAACGUUUAUUGGGACGAACUCUUUGGCCUGGAGUCAAAUUGUCCCAGUGUUUGAGAAAAGUUCUAAGCUUGAUUCAUACUGAAAAUAGCAUUUUUGAGCGGUUGUCACGCGAAAAUAAUUGUUUUGAUGUUUAUGAGGAACUUCCAGAGGAUGUUAAAGAGUUUUUAAAUGCCUGUCUACAAAUACACCCAUCAUUACGAAAAACUCCUGAAAAUCUUUUAGAACUACCAAUAUUUGAAGAUUAUUUAAAGAAGGAUGAAAGCGAAAAGAAAAAUGGCUUGUAUGAAAAUGUUAUCAAUCGAAAAAUGGAUGAAUUGUAUUAUUUAUGGCAAUUAGCUGGAGGGGAUAUGUCCAUGGAAUUAAAAAAGCAAGGUUUAAUUCGUUCUAGACCUCCAAUUUUAUCAAUACCCAAUUUAGUGAUUCUGCUUGGCCAAAUGUUUGGACAUCGUGAUACAGCAGGGUUGCUUGAUCUUCGAGUUGUCAAGGUUUCACUUGAUAAAUUGAAUCAAAGAUUGUCACAUAUUCCUUAUGUUGCUAAUUAUCCGCGGCUUACAAGCCAGAUGCAUGUGCAAGCACAAGAUGAUUUGACUGAUGCAUCAUCUCAAUUACCAUUAAUUAUAAGAGAAAGAGACACAGAAUAUCAAUUUUACAGAAUUGUUUUAUACGAUAGACUACUUCAGAUUUAUCCAAUAACGAAAGAUGCAAUAAUUAGAGAAGCCCAUAAGGAUAUUCCACCACCAGUAAGAGGUGCAGUAUGGGCAGCUCUGCUUGGUGUCACAGGGGACAUUCAAAAACGAUAUGAUAUGAUUGAUAAAGAAACGCCAACGCAUACCGAUAGACAAAUUGAAGUAGACAUUCCGAGAUGUCAUCAGUAUAGUGAACUUCUAUCAUCUGGUGCUGGGCAUGAGAGACUCCAAAGGUUGCUAAAAGCAUGGGUCAGAGAUAAUCCACAUUACGUUUAUUGGCAGGGACUCGAUUCACUCACAGCGCCGUUUUUAUUUUUAAAUUUUAAUAACGAAGCUAGGGCUUUUGCUUGCCUAUCUGCUUUCAUACCAAAGUAUCUACAUAAAUUUUUCUUGAAGGAUAAUUCUGCAGUAAUACAGGAGUAUUUAGGAAAAUUUUCCCAGAUUAUAGCUUUUUACGAUCCACAAUUGGCAAAUCACUUGAAAUCGAUAAAUUUUGUACCCGAGUUGUUUGCCAUACCUUGGUUUUUGACCAUGUUUUCACAUGUGUUCCCUAUUCAUAAAAUCUUACACUUGUGGGAUAAACUUUUACUAGGAGAUUCGUCAUUUCCGCUCUUUGUUGGCUUGGCCAUUUUAAAACAAUUAAGGGAUUCCCUUCUUACCUCAGGAUUUAAUGAAUGUAUCCUUUUGUUUUCGGAUCUUCCCGAGAUCGAUAUAGAACUGUGCGUCAAAGAUUCCAUGUCAAUGUAUCAAAAAACUCCAGCAAGUAUAACAUAUCGCAAACAUCAAUUCAAUCAAUCCAAGGCUACUAGUUGGUCAGAACCGGAACCUGGGACUGAGAAGAUGCCUAGAAUCAGUGUUGACGACUUUCUAAAUUUAAUAGAAAAUGCGUCGGAUAAAGUUAUUGUCGUUGAUAUUCGAAACAAUAUACAAUUUGAACGAGGUGCUCUAGUGGGCAGCAUAAAUAUUCCUUUCACAAGUGUACAGCUGGCUCAUGUACAACUUGAUACUCUUGGACCACAAGCAAAGCCACUAUCAGAAAAUAAAGAGAGUAUUGUCGUCAUAAUUGGACCAAACGACCAGAAUAACGUUUUAUUUGCAGAUUUCCUCAUGACUUGUCAAGUUAUCGGCGUCUGUUCGUUGCAAGGAGGCAUCUACGCUUUGCGUUCCAAAGCUGCAAAUCUUCUACUUCUCGCGCGUUGAUGAGAAUUUGUUUUAUAUAGGAUUUUUACUCUUUUAAUCGCGUAUUUUUUCGUAUCGACGAGAUUUUUUAUUCGCGCUGUAUCUAUGUAAUUAAGUGAACUUGCGCUUAAGAAAUUCGCAAAGAUCUAUUGUGAUAAAAAUAUUGAAAUUUAUUUAUACAAUACUCUAUACCUUUACUGUAUAUACACUACGUUUGAAAAAAUACAUUUUUUAUGUUUAUUAAA